UAAAUAAAACUUCAGUUCGGAAUAUUGAUUGUACUUAUAUAGAAUCAAAAUCGAAAAUAAAUAGCAAAAAGUAUUGCAUAAGCAUUUCUGGGAACACAAAUCGAAACUAACAAACAAACGAGCGAUAAUGCCAGUGGUUUACUAUCGGACGUAUUUUACAUUCAACCGGCCAAGUGUUGAAAAGCUAACUUUUUUGUUUUAACCGGAAGCAUUUGUUUGUGGAGAUAUCUGUUCACGAAUUAAUUUAGUUGGAAGUAUAAAUUUUUAACAAUGAAGCCUUCCGAGAUUUACUUCAGCCAAGAUUCUAUCAGAAGUACGUUUGACAAUGGCCAAUCCAUACAUUCUACUCUCCGAGCGUGUGAACAGAACCCGAUGGCGAUAUGUCAGAUUCCAACAAUAAGGGUCUGUAUGAAAAACGGAAGAUGGUACACUUUGGACAAUCGCAGACUGUGGGUUUUCAAAAAACUGGAAGAAAGCGGGCGCAUCACAGAUGUGAAUGUCGAUAUAGUCAGUGAGGAUGAUCUGACAGCAAACAAGUUUACAACCACGAACGGCGGAGUAAGUGUUCGAAUUCGCCAACCUCGAGAUGAUUUAGAUGAUUAUGAUGAAUAUGAUGAUGGACUGCUCUAUGAUGGCGAUGAUUCCAAUGAUUUUGAUGAUUUCUGGUAAUGAUAUUAUUUAAAACAGUUUUUAGUUUUCGUACUGACGAACCAGUUGAUUGUGCAUGGAAUCACACACAAUUCUUGUCUGUUAAAUUUUGUUUUGAAAUAAA